AUGAAAUCCUCUUCUUCUGCUCCUCUCAGUUCUUCUUCUUCUUCACAACAAAUGGUUUCAUCAUAUUUACCUGAUGAGUGUUGGGAAUCUAUCUUCAGAUUCAUCAUCAUCGACGAUGACUGCAACAACAACAACAAUAACAACAACAAAAACUACAAUGGCAUUGGCUACUUCGGUUCUCAUAAAUCUUUUGUCACCAAAAACUUUGUCAACUUGAAUUCUCUAUCUCUCGUCUCCAAACAGUUUCUCGCCGUCACCAACCGUCUCCGAUUCUCACUCACCUUCUACAAUGAAUCAACAAGUUGUCACAUCUUCAAAAGAUUCACCAACCUUAAUUCCCUUAACAUCAAAAACCUAUACAUUAACCUCAACAACCUUCUCUGCAAAAUCUCUUGUUUCCCAUUGAAACAACUCACAUCGCUCAAUAUCUCCAACCAACACACCAUUCCUGCUAAUGGGUUGCGAACUUUUUCACAAAAGAUCACAACUUUGACUUCUCUCACUUGUUCCCACGUUGAUUCUAUUAAUAACUCUGAUUUAUUCCUAAUCGCUGAAUGUUUCCCUUUGCUUGAACAACUUGACCUCAGCUACCCGUUAUGUUGCAAACUUUCCAGUAGCUAUGUUGAUGGGGUAAAGGCUCUUUCACUUAGACUUACCAAACUCCGCGAAGUUAAUCUUUCUGGUUUUCCCAUAAACUACCAAUCACUUUUUCACUUGUUCAAUAAUUGUAGAAAACUUGAAGAGGUCAUAAUAUUUAAUUGUGUUGAAAUAACAAGCAAAGGACUUGCUUCUGCUCUCCGUGAGAGACCAACGUUAAGGUCUUUAUCGUUUUCCACCACUAGUAUCAAUCCGGAACUGUUUUCUACUUCACAUUUUAUUGACUCAUUGGCGACUUUGAAGGGUAUAACUUGUCUUGUUUUGCGGGGUUUUAAGAUCUCAGAUGAGUUGCUCUAUUCUAUUGCAAGGGAAUGUCUUCCUUUGACGAGAUUUGUCCUCCGACGUUGCACUGGCCAUAGUUAUGAUGGAAUCAAAUUUUUGUUAUCCAAGUGUCAACAUAUCCAACAAUUGGAUCUUCAAUAUACUGAUUUUCUGAAUGAUCAACAUGUUGUCCAGUUGUCAUCAUCGUUUCUUGUUGAUUUGGUUUCCAUAAACCUUAGUCGUUGUCGGCUACUCACAGAUUCAGCCUUGUUUGCACUCGUUAGGAAUUGCUCUUCACUUAGUGAGAUCAAAAUGGUACAUAUUCAGAGUAAGAGUGGAGAAAGUUCUGAGUCUUUGGUGAAGUUUGGUGUAUACCCUGAGCUAAAGUCUCUCUAUUUGGGUGAAUGUCCAUGGUUAAGUGAUGAAAGCAUCAUAAUGUUUGCUUCCAUUUUCCCCAAUUUGCAACUACUUGAUUUGAAUAAUUGCAAUGGCAUAUCUGAAGGUAUUUGUCAAGUUUUAAGGAAAUGUUGUAAGCUUAGGUAUCUGAACUUAUCCUUCUGUUCAGGAAUGAAGCUACUUGGAUUGAACUUUGUAGUUCCCGAGCUGGAGGUUUUGAACCUGUCACAUACAAAGGUUGAUGAUGAAACACUCUAUGUGAUCUCAAAGAAUUGUUCUGGGCUUUUGAAACUAUUACUUGAUUAUUGUUGUGGUGUCACAGAGAAGGGAGUGAAACAUGUGCUAGAUAACUGCACACAAUUAAGAGACCAUGGAUAUCUUUGUCACUGUAUUCUGAAUGUUUGAACUCUGUAAGUUGUUUUUAUUUUAAGAUUUAAUUCUCUAAGAAAUUACUUUUUAAAAAUGUCAAUGUAUA